GCUGGAGCUCUCACCACCAUCAGCACAACCCAUCCACCCCCACCUCAACCACUUCAACAAAAUGGACCCCGACGACCUCGACACCGAAAUCUCCUCCAUCCGCGCCGAAAUCCGGACCCUCCACCACCGCCGCCGCAUCCUAACAAGCAGCCUCCUCUCCUCACGUCCUCUACAACGCCUCUCCAAAACCCACUCCCUCCCCCCGCCCGCAAACCAAUCCCAUCGCCAACAAGAAUGGACCGACAUCUCGCCCCUCCUCCAAAGCAGCGCGUCGCAUGCCCAAACGAAUCAUCACCGGAUCGCCUUCUCGACGACCACGUUCCCGUUCACGGAUCCGUCGCCGAAUGCGGAAGGGAAGAGUUUACUUGGGAUCAGGAUUGAUAUUUGUGCGAGGGAUGGGAGGUAUAUGAAGCCGUAUUAUGUGCUUUUGAGACGGGUGGGUCGGAGUCAAGGUGGAGAUGGGGGUGGGAAAAAGGAAGUGAAGGUGCUUCGACAUACGAUUCCGAGUGUGGUGGAUAUGGCGAGGUUGGAGAGGGUGUAUUUGCCGCUUGAAUCUACGGCCGAGGAUGGGGAAGAGGAGGAGCAGCUUAAACCGUGGAAGCGCAAAUCACGGAAUCAAGAUCUCAAGAGUUUUGUGCGAGAGGUCCGGAAGGGGUUGGUGGUGUGGCAUCUGCGGUGUGAUGCGGUGCGGUAUUUACGGGAGACGCUGGGGGUGGUGACACGCGGGGUGGAUGAUGAUGCCCUGUAUGAAGACGAUGAGAGGCCGUGGGAGAGGGAUAUUCUUGGUCCGACUGCGAAUACCGAUGGUGCGGGGGAGACGCGCAUUGCGAAAAACAAAUUUGGGAUUGUGUCGCUAGGCCCGACGUCGUUGGAGGCGGUUUAUGUGCGGCUGGAGUGGGAGGAUGGCCGCGUGGGAAGGUUCAAGAUCUCCAAUACAGGGGUGGUGGAACGAGCGGUGGUUAUUGGGGAUGCUGGGCGGGAUAAGCUGACUGAGGGAAUUCUUACGGGGGGUGAUGGUAGGGUUGAGACUCUGCUGCAGCGGUUGGAGAAAUCCACUGUGCCGGCAUCACCCGAGGUCUAGUAUGUGCCUUUGGUUCAUAUUGCUUAAGGACCUAUGCUUCAUAUAUUAAUAUCUGAUAUCGAAUUCCUCUAACGUGAUCCAGGUAUCA